CGUUCGCUUUCUACUUUAGCAAUCUGCAUUUCAACGCAACUCGUCGACGACUCUGCAUGUGUUUAUUUCCAAUUUUUCCUUGCUUUUCGUGAUAUCGUCUACAGAAAAUGGCGAGAGAGUUGCAAAAUAAAACUAUUGUGAUCACUGGAGGAGCUAUGGGCAUUGGAUACGAAAUCGCCGAGAAUUUCCUACAAAAGGAUCCAAGAGUGGUCAUUAUUUUGGAUAUCAAUGAAAAGUUUGGGGCCGAGGCUAUUAAGAAACUUGAAGUGAAAUAUGGUAAAAACAAGGCUGUAUUUUAUAAAUGUGAUGUUACAACAGAUUUGGAAGUUAUUUUUGAGAAAAUCAUAAAAGAGUUCACCGCCGUCGAUGUGCUAGUCAACAACGCUGGAAUAUGCAACGACAAUUACUUAAGAAAAACCAUCGAUGUAAACGUGAUUGCUUUAAUGGAAUGGUCCUUGAAAUUUUGGAAACACAUGAGGACGGACAAGUCUGGAAAAGGAGGAACAAUAAUAAACAUAGCUUCAAUUUAUGGAUACAGAGUGGACCCAUAUGUGCCUGUAUAUCACGCCUCAAAGUUUGCAGUCAUGGGAUUUACGAAAUCACUGGGACAUAUUAAAAACUUUGCUAACUAUGGUGUUAGGGUGGUGGCUAUUUGCCCAGGAUUCACCUCUGACACCAACUUGGGAAGUGGCAAUGUGACAUUUAUUCCGGAAUUGAUGGAAGAGGUUAAAGCAUUUGCACUAAGGCAGGUGUUCCAGAAGCCUGAGGCAGUGGGCAAAGCGGCAGUGGAGGUGUUUGAGAAGGCGGACAGCGGCACGGCGUGGCUCAGCGAAGGAGGGCAGCCUGCUUCACUACUGCAGUAAUAUGUCUUCAUUUUUCAAAUUAUAUUUGUUUUAAAAGUUGUAUAUCCCUGCUAAAAAUAAUUUUUGAUAAGUUUAAUCCAUUUAAUAAAUAUUGAUUAAAUCAUUAUCAAUCUUGAUUACAUUAUUGAUUAUUAAAUAUGUAUGCAGAUUGUCAUAUUGUUAUUCUAAUACGCGUUUCGCAAAUAAGAUAAAAAAAAAUCCUACAAGCCGAUUUAUUAGCAACCUGUGGAGUGUGGAACACAACUUAUUAGGGACUGAUUACUUGAAUGGCUUCAGGACGGGAAUGGUAGUGCAAAACAAUGAAACAACACCAUGUAAGUACUAAGAACGAGGAAGUCUUCUCUAAUCAAUUAACAUCACUUAUGUUGCUAUCGAUAACGAAAUCAUAGCAGAGUCACAAACCUUACAACGCAUCUAGACAGUGUUAAUACUCGUAUAAUCAUUUUUAUAUUACCUUUCGGUGAUUGAUAAAACAGAAAUAAUUUUUAUUGAAACAAAAUGACUUUGUACAAGGUUCUUUGGUUGGUUUGUUUGGUCUGUACACUUUGAUAUUAUGAAGAAUAUUGUACGGGAAUAUGAAAGCAAUAUCCAUUUAUAAAAUACUCUUCUCUGAAAUUUAAUAAAAGUUCGGAUAAUCAUACUUUAGUCCCCCGUUGCUAAUAAAUUCGCCGCCUCACCUUAUUAUCAGGCAAUAGAAGUUUAUACGUAGAGACGUAACACGCAGAUGAUCAACUCGUAAAAAUAUAUAAAAACUCUGCAUUACUUAAGAUAAUUCAACUUCUGUCAUGAAAAAGAAAUAAAAUGUCCAACGACAAAUAUAAUAA